AAUUGGAAUUUUCGAGCAUUCGGUAAUUUGAAGAAAAUUGUAGAAUUUGAAUCGUGCUUGUCAGGCGUAAAUGCUCUGAUUGAGCGAGUGAUUUUCGGGAGUAAACAAAAUCUAAACCACCGAAAAAUCACAACUGAGUGCCGAUACUCAGAAAGAAAUAAUACUGAUCAGUUUAGACUCGCUAAACUAUGGUUUAUAUUAACAUAACGUAUAUACAUAACGUUUUGUUUUUUGUGUCCCGCGUUAGACCUCUUCACUUUAUCGUUAUGAUAUGUCAAAAUUCUACCGUCUAUUGUAAAAUACAGUGCUAAUUUGUUCUAAACAACCGUCGGAUGGUUUCACCAUUCUAGCGAGACCGAAGACCUUAUCAAAGCCUCUUGGUGAGGGUUUUUAAUUUCUUCCUUUUGUUUUUCGAUGCCAGGCGAAUCAGCCGAAAAUUUUAACUACAUUUCGAUAGUUCAUUCAAUUUCCUGACUAGGUUCCUUACGAAUGCAUUAAUACAUUUUAUGAAAGACUAUGCUAACAAUUGUAUAAUAUUAUUUUAUAAUCCUGAACCGCUUGUUUACAAAAUGUUCUGUAUUGUAACAUUGCAAUAUCUGCCAUUUUAGUGACAUUUCCUAUUCCGCAUAUUGUAGCAUUACUAUUUUUAUGAAGUUUGUACAAAGUUACAGCUUCCUUACCUUAUUUAUCCAGAAAAUUGGACCAACUCUGUACAAGGAGGACCAACCUCAGAUCAUGUUUGAAUGUUUUGAUUGUGUAUUGUAGUUUGAAAACAGAGCAAGAAUAUGAUCGCUGCCCAAAACCCGACAUCAAAAUCGUCAUCGGCUAUUUAAACGAUGACGGAAGAGUUCAGGCCGAUAAUUGCGCAUCCGCGAACCGUUAACAAUGGUCUUAGACUCAUCGAUUCCACUGCCUCCAAGAACAUGGCCUUACGUAGCACCUUCUUCCAGCACAGAGCUUCUUCAUCGUCCUCUCGAAAAUCGCGGAAGUUCUUCAAGAAACUCAACGAAUCCCAAAAAGAGUUUGUUGCGCGGGCCGAAACGUGUGGGAACAAUGAAGGAGGCAUCUUGAUGAACGAAAGUGAUGUGAACGAAAGGUGGCGCUACAAGCACUACAAUGACCAUUUACACAGCGUGCAGAUAGGAGACUAAAAUUGCAUUGAAGAUGACUACAUCGGUAUUGUGAACAACGUCGAUAAACCGCCAGUUACGCUGAAUGCAGUAAAAGGGGUCAUUAACCAGCUAAUGAACCAAAAAGCAGUUGGCCAGGAUGGUCUUACAGCGGAAACUUAGCAAUGUAUGCACCGGUUGAUAGUCAGUAUCUUGGACACGGAAGCUACCGAAGGGGUGGGAAGAAGGGAUAAUCUACUGUAAAUAUAGGGGAUUCUGUGCAAUCGGAAAACUCAAAACAACAUUCACAUCCUUCAAAAUGAAUAGUAAGGAUUACAUACAUGUUCUGGAUACAUCUCUCCUGCCGUUUUUGCGUAGAUAUCGUCGUAAAAAAUCACAUUCCAGCAAGACAAUUCCGCUAUUCAUACCAACUAGGAAACUAAACAAUGGUUUAAAGACCAAAAAUUUGACUUAUUGAACUGGCCGACACGCUCUUCAGCCUUGAAUCCUGUUGAACAUUUUUGGGGGAUCCUAGUACGCAGAAUCUACGCUGAGGGAAAGCAGUACACCACGGUUGAUGAACUCAAGGUCGCAAUUUCAGAGAAAUGGGAAAAUAUCGAGAAAUCCGUUCUGUAGAAUUUGGUAAAUAGUAUGCCAACACGAAUUUUACAGGUUAUUAAUCGAAAUGGCAAGGUUACCAAGGUUAACAUGUAAAUCUGCCGAUUUUUAAAAAUUUUUCAUUGAUAAUACUUUUGAAUUUUGAAAUGGUCGCAUAGAAUUAAACAAACGACUCUUUUGAACGAAAUUGACGUUAAAUAUACUUUAUUCAAGAUGGUUGAUUAGGCUUAAGAACGAUGCGUGUAAGACUAAAUUUACGCCAUUUUGUGGUGGCGACAAUUUUGGAUUUACAUUUUUCAUAACUAACUGUGUUCUACUAGAUAAUCCCUUUUGUAGCCGUUUAGUAUAAAUUAAACACAAGAAUACACAACACUUACAUGCAUUGAAUUAAAACUUAAAUCUAGAAUUAAAUAAGUAAAAAUUAUAACUGUUCUACAUACAACGGUACACAAAAUUGAGUAUCUCUUGUCACUACACUACCACAAAUAAUAGUCAUAACAUAGAUAACACAAACGAAAAGGAAACACUUAGAAAGGCAUGCAGGAACAGACUGAAAUGAAACAUUGCUACUAAUAUACACCAAUAAAAUUGCCGGCCAAGCUAGUAGCCAACCGAUCUUGGACAAAUAUAGAAGUGUUCAAACUUUGUACCACAGUCGUAAAAUAAAUUAAAGGCAAUAUUUUUUAUACGAGAAAGGAAGUUUUUUCGGUAAUUUACGGAAUCUGGAUUUUGUGAUUCCGUACGUGAAAUUAAGUGCAAAAGUUCUACGUAUCAGAUUUGGAGUUAGAAAGAAAACGGAGGGUUGUGAACGCGAUAAUUGGAGCGUGUAAUUGCUGGAUUGUGGAUUCCUGCUUUCUCCCAGCCAACGAAUCAAGGAGAAGGUAAACAUUUUGUGGUGCCGUGACCAGGAUCAGCGGCUGGAGAAGGUCAUUGAAAUCGGUGGGACAUUGUUCGGAGGAAUAAUAGAGGCUGUAGGCCAACGGAGCAACGGAUUUGCUGUUGUAAGGCUCAUCGACUGGGGACUUCACUCUCUCCUGCAACAACGGAAAGCUUAUACCAUCAUCAUACGCUAUUCGCCCUUCUGUCACACGGGAAUAGUCGCGCAACAACGGAUAGUAAUCGUGAUAGCAGUUGGAAAAAAUAAUACAAGGCCUAUAUUUCUCAGGCCACAGGUGAGUGGCUUUCCAAUUUGUUCGCGCAAACUUUCUGGUGCUUUUGAGUUUUUUUUGUUGCAUAUAAACUUGAAACGAUUGCCGCUUGUGACGUCACACGACUCCAUAUUGCAACACUCGAUAAGUCGUUCACUUGGAGAGGUUCAUGAAACAUUAAUCGACUGGUGGUAUACAUACAUCGCAUUAAAAGCUGUAUUCUACAAAUCGCUGGAAGGACUGCAUAUUUCGAAGCCGAUAUUUGGAGUUACAUAAAGAUUUCGUUCCUGGAUAUUCAAGGCUAAUUGUGGACUGGCCUCAGAACUAAGUCGGUCAGCAGCAAUUCCUGCUGACACUACGUGGCGGUACGAUUCGGACUGGGAGGACAAUUGCAUCUACCAUUUACUGGAAACAACUUGGAGUUGGAUUUGAUCAACGGCGGGAAACAAUAUAUUUUCUUGGAUUGCGACAACAACUAUUUCACGUUUAACUACUGCACACUACUGCUGCAUUUAUUUCAAUACAAGGCCUUGUAGAGACAGGGCUCAGGUGAGUACCUGUCCAACGAUUUACGUGGUAACUUGCAGUGCUUCUUGGUUGGUUUUCUUUCUAUUUUUCGAUCGUCAUCGUUCAUAUUUCGGUUUGCUGUUCUGGUAGUGGUUGUGGUAAUGACUGAGAAAAAAAUAAAAGAAAGGGUCAAAAAGCGGGAGCGGAUUAUCGCUUCUUUAAAGCGACAUGCUCAAUUUCUAGAGGAUUUUGAUCCAAAUACGCAUACGGGGGAAGUCCAAUCGAGGUUGGACAAAAUUGAGGCAAAAUUCGAAGAAUUCGAGGAGGUGCAAGAGGAUAUCGCUGAGCUAGAUGAAAGGGGUGCUUAUGAGGAGGAUUGCAAUAAAGCUUAUUCCGAAUUCGAGAAGCUGUACUACGGGCUACGGGCUGCCUUGCAGGAAAAAUUACCGAGGGAAACAGAGGUUCCAGAUUUAAACAGUACUAUCGGGAGGAAUGGUCACACUGUAGGAGCACAUACUGGAGUACGACUGCCGCAGAUAUCAUUGCCAGAAUUCAACGGCGACUACAAAGGGUGGUUGUCGUUCAAAUCGACAUACGUGUCGCUGAUCCAUGAGUCAGGGGAGCUCAGUGACGUUCAAAAGUUCCAUUAUGUCAAGUCAGCGUUGAAGGGGGAAGCAGCUAAACUCAUCGAGUCACUCGCACUUACCAACGAUAACUAUCCCAUCGCAUGGGAUACGAUUACGAAGCGGUACUCUAAUGAGUAUCUGCUGAAGAAAAGGCAUCUUCAAGCGCUAAUGGAGUACCCAAAGGUAGAGAGGGGGUCGUCAUCGGCAAUUCAUACAUUGGUCGAUGAAUUCGAACAGCGGCUAAAGAUCCUGAAACAACUAGGAGAGAAGACGGAACAUUGGGGUGCAAUGAUAGUGCACUGGAUGUGUUCCAAAUUGGACAUGAAGACGCUCCAGUUAUGGGAGGAUCACGCGGCUUCAACAAAGGAUCCGUCAUUCACGAUACUGGUGAAUUUCCUAGAGAAGCGAACAAGGGUAUUGGAAGCGGUUUCAUCGAACGUCGAAUUGAAAGGUCAUUCGCUGCAGAGGGUGGAAGUUAGACGUCAGAGAGUAGUAGCUCAUUCCGCUACCGACAAUGAGAAGAAUGGUUCAGUCUGCUGUUGUUGUGGGGACUCGCACUACUUGGGUCGAUGUGGCAAGUUCAGUAGAAUGACACUGAAAGAAAAAUUGCAGUUCGUGAACGGCAAACGGUUGUGUAGCAACUGCUUAAAGUCUGGGCAUUGGGUGCGUGAUUGCAGUUCAAAAUUCAGUUGUCGAGACUGUGGAAAGAAACACAAUUCACUGAUCCAUCCAGGAUUUCCUACGAGCAGUGGUAGUAUCGGUAACAAUGUUAAACCGCUUGGCAAAUCGGAGAAUAAAAGAAACGACAAUACGAUAGCAACAAAUUUAGCGACCAACGAGGAUGAGUCUGAGAAUGAGGAAGAGGGAAUUGACGAUCAAGGUACGGUUGGAGCAUACAACGUAGGGACCAAAGGUGGUAAUAUCACUAGCGUAUUUUUGUCUACCGUUGUUCUGGUCAUACGGCAUCAACACGGAGGGAAACAUUUGGCCCGAGCAUUGCUUGACAGCGGCUCGCAAGCAAACAUUUUGAGUGAAAGACUCUGUCAGACACUCGGCCUAAAGCGACGCACGAUAAACGUACCAAUUAGCGGAAUUGGUCAUUCCGAAACACGAGCAAGAUUCUUGGUGACCACAACUAUCAGUUCUAGGGUACAGGAUUUCUCAAUGGGCAUGGAAUUUCUGGUUCUUCAGAAGGUUACGUCAGAACUGCCAUCGGCACACAUACCGGUGGCACAUUGGAGGAUUCCAAAUGGAAUUCAAUUGGCUGAUCCGAACUUCAAUGUCAGUAAUCGGAUCGAUAUUUUGAUUGGAGCGGAGCACUUCUAUCGGUUCCUUUUCGAGAGUGGGAUGAAACAGAUUACAUUAGGGCCAGGUUUGCCGAUGCUUAUAAACUCCGUAUUCGGUUGGAUUGUAACGGGAAAGGUUUCAGAUGCGCAGAGUAAGGUGGUUAAUUGCUGUUUAGCGACAGCAUCGGAUAAUUUGGAGAUCCAGCUACAGAAGUUUUGGGAAAUCGAGAGCAUCGAAGAUCGAGUGGCUUGGUCAAAAGAGGAGCAAGACAGCGAAGAUCAUUUUUGA